AUGAGAUCGUUCGUGCUGCACUUUGGUGUGCUGUUAUUCAUCAUUGACGUAAGAAUUAAUGCGUUUGCGAUAAGAAAACCUUACAACGCAUCCUACAUCGUCCCCCAGGACCUAUCAGCCGAGGAAAGUUUACAGUUGGAAGUCAAACAUGAUCUUAAAAGGCCCAACGGCAUAGACGGAGAUAUAUCAAAUAAAAAUAAUGAUCUUUCGACUGUUAACAACGUCAGUGUAAAAGACACCAUGUCAUCCGCUGUUCCCCAAAUCGCGACUACAACGGAGCUUAUUGAUAGAAGUUCCGCGAAGGAGGCUUCUGCGGAAAUGGAAAAAAUCAUUAAAUCACAAGAACCAUUUUUAGCACAAUCGUUAAAAAUAUCAAAAAGCUCAAUUGCAACCAAUAUUAAUACAAAUUUGAAACCUGACCAAGCUAGUGAUAUGGAUAAGUCUAUGACAGUUACCUUAGAAAAUAUUAAAGCUAAAACAGUAUUAAGUGAUAUAACAAACUCCGGUACAACAAGUGUUGUCACCGAUAACACGAAAGUGCCAACUACCAACACGGUAUCCCAGAAAACGGUUCAACCAACUGUUUCUAUCAGCGAGUAUUCUAAUGACACAAAUACUAAUUUACCGCCUUGGAAAAGAUACACGAUCGAAACAACAACUGAAAAUUUCGUUUAUGAAUCCACUACAGAUGGUGAUAACACAACACAAACAAUAGAAAUUAAUUUACAGGAGCGAAUAAGACCCAAUUUUGCAGAGGACGUGAGAUCACAAAGCUAUUUAGAUGAAGAUGCUAUUAAAGAAGUGUUACUGCAAGAGACUUCGCUUAAGAAUAAUGAAGAAAUUUCAGAACAAAAUCGUGAAGAGAUAUUCAAUAAUACCGAUACCACGUUCGCCACUAUAGAACCGUAUAAUACGGAAAUUUCAAUUCACGAUACAGAAUCAACAUUUCAAACAGACGUCACUAGUACUGAUAUAUCAGUCAGUGGUAAGUCGCAUAAGGAUAAGGCUAAAAGUACAAAAGUGUAUGCAGUCAAUCCGAAUUACAAGCCAAUGAAAAAAAUUGAAGUCCAACCUCCCAAGUCAUUAGUGAGAGAUCCAGACGACAAUAGCUGGAGAAAUGAGAGUAUAAGUUCACUGGGGAUCGUUUUCAAACCAAAGAACUCUUCGAAACCUUUCACUCAAGUCUUAAAGAAUAAGACAGAGACAGAAUGGAGCAAUAUAUUGAGUAGAGAUAGCAAAAAUGAUCUGCCUGAUCUGAGAGAAAGACUGGAGAAAAUAGCCCAGAGAAGGAAGUCGAAGAAGAAGAAGGCAGAUGUGUUUGGCAAUAUUAUUUAUACUGACUACGAGGAAAAUAACAGUUCAGAGGAAAUAACAAAUACUGAAAGUACUGACGUCACUACUACAACGAUAAGCACUGAAGAGGUUACUACGUCCACGGAAAGUACACUCUCAACUCUAUCUAUAGUCACAUCGCCAAUAAUAUCGAGCACUGUAACAACCGAUACAAUUACCACCACACAAUCGGUCGAAACAAAUAAGACAGAGAUGACUAUGACUCAACCUAUGACUUCCACUAAUAAUCUUAAUUUGUCCCAAAGCAAUGUACCAAAAAAGAUAAAGUUUCAGCCUUUUACCACAGAAAAAGGGAAGAAAUUUUUCAAUGUGUUCGAUUACUAUGAUAGUUCGGAUGACGAUGAAAAUGAAUAUGUGGAAUUAGCGAAAUUGGAGCUUAAAAAAUUUACCGUUCCGCUACAUAAGUCAGAAACACCUUUAACAACAUCAUCACCUCAGGCAUAUCAAUAUACUAAACCUUUACGUCAAUAUUUACCUGAUAGGCAACCAACUAUUCAAUAUUUCCCUCCGCUAAAUGCAAAUCAACCAAAACCUAAUAGAUUCGAUAACGACUUUGAAAAGAAAGUCAAGUUCAAUAUGAAGAAAGCUUCUCCGAAGCGUAUAGUUUCUCUCACAAACGCACCGGACACACCUUUGGGUAAAUAUCACUCACGAUAUCCGGAAGAACAAAGCACCAUAAAACCCGAUCACGCUUUAUUUCCCGUCGAGUUGCGAACAAUGUACAAGUCAAAUGAAUUCACAAGGAACCUUUACCAAUCCACUCCGCCACAGAUAACAACGGAACAGAACAAUGGAUAUGGAGUGGUUGAUCACAACGGUGGCUUCAACCGUGCCACAUACGUAAUAAAAAAUUACAGAGAUUUCCUCGAACAGGCCGCCAAAGACUAUGAUUACGAGAGGGACGUAGAUUUCGCACCUUACACGGAACCGCCGUUGCGGGGAUUGACGAUGAGCGAUCUGAUUGUGCAACGGAAAGACGGAGCCAAGUCGAACGCGAACUUCAACUACGAUUAUGACGCCAAGUUCCGGAAGGAUGUCCUACAGAGAUUCGUCGAUAAUUUCAACCAUAACGAGGCACGAUACAACACCGAUUUCCCGGUUUUGUACAAUAACAGUGUUAUGCACGUAAACUUGGCGGGAAACGGCGAGGCCGCUGCGUCGUCUAGAGCGUUUCUAAAGGGGCUGUACAACCCGUCGGACAGCAAGCUCGGGUACGCUCGCAGGGCGUACCCAAACGACGACCCCAACUGCGACAACGGAACGGUGGAACUUUCCCCUGCCUACGAACUCCAUUAUUACGUACCGGACCAGGAAGAGAAGGAGGAGGUCGAACCGAAACCGCCCGGUUUGCGU